AUGACCUCGACCCUUGGCCUUGCAGCUGCUCGAGCGUUCAGGUCACAUCAGAAGAGCCCAGAUGUUGCCGCGAUAACGUUUCAGGUGUUGCGUCCGCAGCGCUCGGGACAGAAAUGGACUUGCUCGGACUGCCGCUCUGCGAUACGGCAGCAGGCUUUCUCGAAGACGACUGGGAGAGAUAGUGGACCUGGGAUAAGGCAGUUCACAACAUCUCGCAUACUCCGCGAUGAACCUCGAAAGCCCAUACAAGACAUUCCCACUUCCUCACAACCCACGCCCACGCCGAACGACUCUCCAAUAGCGAACCACGAGUCUCUCCCCUCCACGACAGACCGCCGGCGCUCGCAACUAACCAAACGACUCACCCAAAUCACCGACUCCAUCCUCGCCCGCGCCUCCAUCGCCGGCCAGCACAUCAACGCCUACACCGGCACCGACUACUCCGGCAUCGAGGCUCUCCGCUCGCGCAUUGCCGCCCAGGAAGAAGCCGUGCGCUCCAAAAUAUCUACCGUAGACUCCGCACGCACCCAUCACCAAGAGGCGCACGCGGAACAAGGCUCCGCGCAAAAAGAGAUCGUCGGACUGCUGGAGCGGAAGUCCUCGUGGUCCCCAACAGAUCUCGAGCGGUACAUGAGCCUUGUGCGUUCCGAGCAUACCAAUGAGCAGGCAGUACAGCUUGCGCGAGAUGGGCUGGCGGAUGCGGAAAGGGAUUUGGAGAGCGCCAGGAGUUUGUUGGAGAGGUUGGAGCGGAAGCAGUAUCAUGAAGAGCAGAUCUGGAGUGAUACUAUUAGGAGGAAUAGUACGUGGGUGACGUUUGGGCUGAUGGGUGUUAAUAUUGUCUUGCUGUUGGCGCAGAUUGCCAUUUUUGAGCCGUACAGGAGGAGGAAGAUCGUGAAGGAGGUGAAGAAGGUUAUGGAUGAGAGCUCCGUAACAGCCGGGACUGGCGCAGUAGUUGAAGAGGUGGAGAGGCAGAUUGAUGAUGUCGUGCAGCCGCAGGCAGUGAACCCUGAGGCUAUUGAGGAGUCUGCUCCGCCGGAAGCUGUGACCGGCGAGCCGUCUAUGGAAGAUGCGACGUUGGCAUCGCAGGAUGUUGGAGAGGCACCGUUGGCGGCCGGCGAAGUGCUGCCUCAGGAGGCUGCCGAUGCUCCUGAAACAUCUUCCAUCCCGCCGCCAUUGCCGCCGAAGCGGCUCGAUACGUGGUCUGCCUUGUGGGAAAGCUACGUCGAAAGCUUCCAGGACUUAUUCAGCGAGCGAAUCGUUCAGCUGAAGAAGGUCGACGUGACGACCACAGCCCUGCAGGGCGCCGCGACUGGCGUUGCAGCCAUGGGCUUGCUCUUCGUAGUCUUCCGGCCUCGAUGA